AUAUGAUAUGCUUGCUCACAACAAAAAACACAGCUCAUUCUACCUUCACUAGCAGGAUCCUCUACUUACAAGAGGAAUAUAAAAUUUGAAUUUUUUUUUCUUGUGAAUUGUUAGAAGAGUGGAGACUAAGAGCACCACUGUAAAUGAUGAAGACUCACUCUAUGACAGUUUUACUUUGGAGCUGUAUGUUUCAUGAGAUUCACAUGAUGCCAUCUCAAAAAAGGACUAAUAAGCACUCACUCAGUGAAAGGAUAACAGGAUUGCCAGAAAAUGGUGGAAAAAUACUGCACCGCACCAAGCGUGGUUGGAUGUGGAAUCAAUUUUUCUUGCUGGAAGAAUACACAGGUCCAGAUACACAAUAUGUGGGCAAGCUACACACUGACCAAGAUAAAGGAGAUGGAAAUUUAAAGUACAUAUUAACAGGAGAUGGGGCUGGCAGUCUGUUCAUUAUAGAUGAAAAUACAGGAGAUAUUCAUGCUGCAAAGAAAUUGGACAGAGAAGAAAAGUCCCUGUAUGUGCUACGUGCCAAGGCUAUAAACAGAAAAACCGGAAGACAAGUGGAGCCAGAGUCUGAAUUUAUCAUUAAAAUCCAUGAUAUCAAUGACAAUGAACCAAAAUUCACCAAGGACAUGUACACCGCCAGUAUUCCGGAGAUGUCUGGAGUUGGUACAUCUGUUAUUCAAGUGACAGCCACAGAUGCUGAUGAUGCUAACUAUGGAAACAGUGCCAAAGUGGUGUACAGCAUCCUCCAGGGACAACCGUAUUUCUCAGUGGAUCCAGAAACAGGCAUCAUCAGGACUGCUUUACCAGACAUGAGCAGAGAAAACAGGGAACAAUAUCAAGUGGUCAUCCAGGCCAAGGACAUGGGAGGCCAGAUGGGAGGACUAUCAGGGACCACCACCGUGAACAUCACCCUGACUGAUGUCAAUGACAAUCCACCUCGCUUCCCCCAGAGCACCUACCAGUUCAGCUCUCCUGAGUCUGCACCACCUGGGACUCCUCUUGGCAGAAUUAAAGCCACAGACCCUGAUGUGGGAGAAAAUGCAGAGAUUGAGUAUAGCAUCUCCAAUGGGGAUGGAUCAGACAUGUUUGAUAUCACCACUGACAAGGACACACAAGAAGGGAUUAUAACUGUCAAAAAGCAUCUGGAUUUUGAAAACAAGAUGUUAUACACCUUAAGAGUGGAAGCAACCAACACUCACACUGAUCCUCGUUUUCUUCAGCUGGGGCCAUUCAAAGACACAGCUUUUGUCAAAAUCUCUGUGGAAGACACAGAUGAACCUCCAGUGUUCAGCAGACCCUGGUAUUUAAUAGAGGUAGAUGAAGAUGCCAAGGAAGGAAGUGUUAUUGGGCAGGUUGUAGCCCAAGAUCCCGAUACAACAAAGAAUGCAAUAAAAUAUUCUGUGGAUCGACACACUGACCUUGACAGAAUAUUCAACAUCUAUUCAGGAAAUGGAUCCUUAUUCAUCUCCAAGCCACUUGACCGGGAAGAAACUCCCUGGCAUAACAUCACUGUCAUAGCAACUGAAGUCAAUAAUCCUAAACAAAGUAGCCAGAUACCUGUCUACAUCCAGAUUUUGGACAUAAAUGAUCAUGCACCAGAAUUUGCCAAUUACUAUGAAACAUUUGUUUGUGAAAAUGCAAAAGCGGGACAGCUGAUACAGACUGUGAGUGCAGUUGACAAAGAUGAGCCUCCUCAAGGACACAAAUUUUUCUUUGAGUUGGUGCCUGAAUUUGCUGUUCAUCCCAACUUCUCCAUUGUAGACAACAAAGAUAACACAGCAGCAAUUAUGACUAGAAGAAAUGGGUACAGCCGUAGUAAGACCAGUACAUAUCUUCUGCCAGUCAUAAUAUUUGACAAUGACUACCCCAUCCAGAGCAGCACGGGCACGCUGACCAUUCGGGUGUGUGCCUGCGACAGCCGAGGGAACAUGCAGUCCUGCAACGCUGAGGCCUUGCUCCUCCCUGCUGGCCUCAGCACUGGGGCUCUGGUUGCCAUUCUCCUCUGCAUCAUUAUCCUCCUAGUAUUAGUUGUCUUGUUUACGGCUCUCAAGAAACAGAGGAAGAAAGAACCUUUGAUCAUUUCAAAGGAUGACGUUCGGGACAAUAUUGUGACCUAUAAUGAUGAAGGAGGUGGGGAAGAAGACACGCAGGCCUUUGAUAUCGGUACACUGAGAAAUCCAGAAGCGAGGGAGGAAAGUAAGAUGAGAAGAGAUGUUAUCCCAGAAACUAUCUUUCAGAUUAGACGGACUGUACCUCUCUGGGACAAUAUUGAUGUUCAAGAUUUUAUUCACAGAAGGUUAAAGGAAAACGAUUUAGAUCCAUCUGCCCCUCCUUAUGAUUCACUAGCAACAUAUGCCUACGAAGGAAAUGAUUCCAUAGCAAAUUCACUCAGCUCCCUGGAAUCCCUUACCACAGAGGGCAACCAAGACUAUGAUUACCUCGGUGACUGGGGACCUCGGUUUAAAAAACUAGCAGAUAUGUAUGGUGGAGAAGACAGCGACUGA